AUGUAUAACAACAUGCAGGGCCAAGGCUGGGGCCGUCCACAGCAGCAGCCGAUGCAGCCCCAAAUGACCGGUUACCCACAACAGCCGCAGCAGCAAGGCAGUGGCUUCCUUCAGCCGCAGCAGACCGGCUAUCCUGGCAUCUCGCAGUUCCAGCGUCCCAUGCAGACCGAUUUCGGCUACCAACAGCAACAGCAACAGCACCAACAACCACAAGGCCUCGCUCCUCAACAAACGGGUAUGAUGGCCGGCAUGGCGAUGCAAUCCAUCCGACCUCAAGGCAAUUCCAAUUUCCUCUCUCCCGGUCCCACGGGCAUGGGCAUGGGCAUGGGCAUGGGCAUGGGCAUGGCCGGUGGUCUUCAGCCUCAGCAAACAGGAUACAUGGGCGGUCUUCAACCUCAGCAGACCGGCUACAUGGGUGGAAUGGGCGGUGGAAUGGGCGGUGGAAUGGGCGGCGGAAUGGGCGACGGAAUGGGCGCUGGAGGACUUCAGAUGCAGCAGACUGGUCUCAUGCCUCAGAUGACCGGUAUGCUCAUCCGUGAUCCUCGGAUGCAGCUCAUGAGCGCACAAUUCUUGCCUGCCUCUCAGCCUUUCUCUGGUGCACCCAUGGCCAGCAACAUGAACUUCAGUCAAGCCAGCAUGCAGCCUUCCAACUUCCAGUCGCAAAUCCAAAACCUCAGUCAGCAGCAGCAGGGCUUGAAAGAGCCAAAGAUCCCUUGGGCUCUUAGCAAGGAAGAGCGCAAGAGCUACGAUUCUAUCUUCCGUGCUUGGGAUGCUCAAGGUACUGGCUUCAUCAGCGGUGAUGUUGCACGAGAGGUUUUCGGCCAGAGUGGUCUCGAGACUGAGAAGCUCAUGCAGAUCUGGCAUCUGGCCGACACAAGCAACCGUGGUAAGCUCAACGUCAACGAGUUCCACGUAGCCAUGGGUCUCAUCUACCGAGCCCUCAACGGUAAUGAGGUGCCAGAGACCUUGCCUUCCGAGCUCAUCCCCCCUUCGGCCAAGGACCUCAACGACUCGGUCGACUUCCUCAAGGACCUUCUGAAGAAAGACACCAAUGUGCGACACAGCACCGGCCUCAACAUCCCCGAGGCUGGUUCCAACAGCGGCGCCUCCUACGCCAAGACACGCUCCUUCCAUGAGAACCCUGUCGCUCCCAAAAAGGAUGCCACCGCCUACAAGCACGAUGAUGCCGACGUCCCCGGCUACAAGAGCAGCAGUCGUCACCUUGACCGCAAGACUGUCCGCUAUGAGGGUCAGAGCGCCACUGACGACCUCAGCGAGAUGAAGCGUCAGCUCGAGAACACACAGAAGAUGCUCGACAAGCAAGGCGCCGACGAUGAUGAGGAUCGCGAACUCGAACGCGAGAUGGACGACCUUCGUUACCGCAUCCGACGCAUUCAGGACGACAUUGAGUACUACAACCGACGUGGCGGUCGAGACUCGGCAGACCUCCGUCGCAAAGCCGAACGUGAACUCAUGCAUCUCAUGCAUGAGCGCCUCCCCCAGCUGGAAAAGCGUAUUGAGGCUAAGGAGAGCCGACAGCGCGAUCGCAAGCUCGGCGAAAGCCGCGAGCGUGACCGUCGCAACGAUCCUUACAGCCAAUACUCCUCGGGGUCAGACGACCGUGACCACCUUCGUGGUGACCAUCGGGGCAGCAGUCGUUCGGCUUCGGCUCUUGGCGAUGGCGAGUACCUCCGUAGCACCUUUGAGCGCGACAGCGACAGGCGCAACAAUGACCGAUACGAUGAUCGUGAUAGCUACCGUCGUCGAGACGAUGACAGAGAUCGCGAUAGUGGUCGAUCAGCUCCUUCGUCUUCGUCUGCACCCCCUCCCCCUCCACCAGCCGAGCCAGUCAAAUCUGCUGCUCCCUCUCCCGCACCUUCGACUCCCGCUCCCAGCUCAGGUCCUCCCAAGAACAUGACCCCGGAGGAGCGUGCUGCUUGGAUCCGCUCCGAGGCUCAGCGACGUGUUCAGGAGCGUAUGCGCAUGCUGGGUGCCGUCGCUCCUGCCGGGCCCACUCCCGUGGACACCAGUGUCGAGGACAGACUCAAAGAUGAGCAGGCUGAAGCUGCUGCCAAGAGCGCUCAGGCUGACCAGGAAGCCGCUGAACGCGAAGAAGCCCGAAAAGCCCGCCUCGAAGAGCAACGCCUUCAGACAGAGAAGACCAGCUUGGCCACCGUCAAGAAAGAGAUCAAGGAGGCCGAAAAGGGCGACAACCCUCCUCCCGCUCCUAUCGUCCAAGCUGCCAAGGAGCAGAUCAAUGACCAGGAAGACAUGAUCCGACGACGCGAGGAAGUGCUCGCCAAGGAGAAGGCUGAACGUGAGGCUCGACUCAAGAAGCUCGAAGAGCAAGAGGAAGAAGCUCGAAGACAGGAGGAAGCUUUCAAGGAGCGCCAGAACAUGUUCAGCAGCGGAGCAAAGUCUUCAUCGUCGGCGCUUCCUCAUCCUUCUCGCAAGUUUGGAAAGUCGGCUGCCCCGCCCCCGCCCCCUCCUUCCCGAUCGCGCGGUGCUCCUACUUCUGCCCCCGCACCUGCACCUCCCACCUCGCUCGCUCCUCCUACUCUCGAAGCACCAUCUGCUCCGCCUCGGCCAAGCCCAAGCGGAGGAUCCAGCACAAACCCCUUCCACCGCAUGCAACAAGGUGCCGGAGGUGCUGCUGCCGCCAGUCCAUCUUCAACGGCACCACCCGCUCCUGCCGCUUCGACACCGGGCGGAGGCACCAACCCCUUCUUCCGAUCGCAGCAAGGGCAGCAGUCAUCUGCCGACCCGAACCUUCCUCCCGCUACUCGUGCCACGCCACCGGUCUCGGCUCAGCCUACCGGUGCUACCCCUACUUCCACUUCGCGCACCAUCCACACAGCACCCAAGCACGAUGACGACGACUGGGAAGAAUCCGACAAGGAGGAGGACGAUGAUGACGCUGACGGUCCUGGCUCCAGCACUCGUGCCACUCGCCAGAACCUCGCUCAGGCCUUGUUUAGCAACUUGAUCCCUAGCAGUGGUCGAUCGACUCCGCCAGCCUCCGCUUCUGCUGCUCCUCCUGCGCCUCCCGCUGCUCCCGCUGCACCUCCUGCUCCUGCCGCCCCUGCCGCUCCCGUUGCUCCUGUCAUCAAGCCCGCAUCCGGACCUGUUGACCGUGGCGCUUUGCUUGGCCAAAUUCAAGGCGGCCUCAGUCUCAAGAAGGCUCAGACUGUUGACCGCUCCAAGCCUCUUGUCACCGGAAGCGUAAUCGGCGAUGCAACUCCACCCGUGCAGUCAUACGUUCCGCCUCCUAGUCCACCUGCGGCUCCGGAACCAUCAUCUGCCGUCGCCGAGCGCUCUACCGACGUUGGUGCUGAUGGCUCUGUACCUCCCCCUCCUCCGCCAGCACCUCCUGCACCCCCCAUGCCCGGAUCCUUUGACGCUGGUGCUGAUGCCGGUGACUUUGCAGCCGGCAACCCGAAUCGACAGAGCGUUGACUGGGCCAACAGCCUCGCCAACGACCAGGCUAACACCAAGGCAGCCUUUGUUCCCGAUGAGCCCUCGGUCCGUGAGGAAGCGGAGGAGGACAGCCCGGAUGAGGACGAAGGACCUGAAGAUCUCGACCCAGCUCGCAAGCCUGCUAACGGUCACGCUACCUCGAGCCAGGAUGAGGUCGAGGGCUUUGACCUCUCGCACACUGUGCGUGUCCGCACCUUGUACGGCUACUCUGGACAGCGAGAUGAGGAUCUCACCUUUGAGGAGAACGACAUUUUGUCGGUACACCCGCCCAAGGAUACCAGCAGCGACUGGUGGUACGGUUCGCUGGCAAGCGGCAGCAAGAAGGGAUUUUUUCCUCGCUCAUACGUUGAGCCGAUCGAAAUGCAUGCCAAGGCAAAGGCCCUCUACGACUACUCGGGAGCUUCUGCAGAAGAGGCUACCUUCUCUGAAGGUGACGAGCUCCUUGUCAUCGACCAGGAGGACGCUAACUGGUGGCGGGUCGACGUUGGCGGUCCCAAAAUCCUUGUUGCCCCCGCCACAUACCUGGAGCUUUCUGCAGAGAUUCCAGAGACCGAUGUAGGCAAGACGGUAUCGCGAACACCUCCAGCCCGAACGUCACUUCACCCGAACGAUGACAGCGAUGGUGGAUCCGGCGUUCUAGUUCAUGCCCACUCGCAAGACUCUGCCCACGAAAGCAGAACAGCACUGUCCCGCGCUGACACGCAACCGAAAAGCGCUGAUUGGGUCAUCGUCGACGAAGAGAGUCGAAGUCUCAGCUCGUCCACUGUCAAUGUUCAGCCACCUACAUCAAGAACGGCCGACGCUGACGCCGACGAAGAAGCCCAGCUUGCCACUGCACUGGAAGCAUCGCAGAAGGAACAGCGCGAUAGAGAGGUAGACCGUUUGCGCGAGGACCGACAGAUGCAAAAGGCGAUCGAAGUGUCCAAGAUGGAAGCUGUAGCCUAUGCGCUUGGCUCUAUUGACGCAGGAGCAAGUGGUCAAGCGGCUCAAGAUGAUUUUGCAGGUGCAGACAGCUCUGAGGACACUGACUCGACGACUGGCUGGACUUCGAGCGAUGACGAUGACGAUGACGAUGACGAUGACGAUGACGAUGACGGCGGCGCAGUCGCAGUAGGAGCAGACGAGGACGUAACUCCGCACACAGACGAGGAGAUCCGUCAGCAUACUAUCGAGCGACUGCGUGUGCUCGAAGCUGCCGGCGUGUUGGUAUCGGCAGAGUCAAAAGUGAAUGAGGGGGAGACCCGUGCUAUCGGAAGUGCUGAUACUGGCAAAUCGUCAACACCUUCACGACGUCCACCUCCACCACCGGGCCAAAAGAGACAUAAGAAUAUCGAUGAGCUCAUGAUGCUCUCUCGUCCACGCACCGCCAAGCGACCAUCGAAGCCAGAGGAACCGCAGCGUCGUAAGCCGCCUCAUCGACCUCGCAAACGUCCAAGUCGAGACCUGCCAACUGUUCCAAUCGAUGCUGGACGAGACCCAGCUCAGUCGGCCACCGGCUCCACUGCUCAAGCUGACAUCGCUCCCGAAGACCGCAUGGAGGACGCCUACGAUCGUUAUCUCAAGCUUACAAAGGAAGUCUCGCUGCAGCCAAUCUUGCCUGCUACGGCUGCAGGAGCUGCAGCGAAGAACGCCGCUGUUCCACCCAAGGCUCCACCUCCUGUUGUCCCUAGCUCGCCUGCAAGGCCCAGCUCGGCAGCUGGCGAGUCGUCACGCACAUCCGGCUUCCUUUCGACAAUCAAGAACAUGUCCCAUCGCAGUGCUUGGAGUGGCGCCGCACCUCAGCGUCAGGACUCUGGCAUUGGAAGCAGAAUUGUCAGUGGUCCCAUUGCUAUAGGCACCGCUAGCCCGUCUAGCGGCUUACUGCAGCCUGCUUCAAUCAGCGAGCCACAACGUUUCGGUGGAGAGUCGACAGAACCGUCAGAAGCAGCACGAGCUGGCGCCCCUUCCUGGUCCAGCCUUGUUGGUCCUGAGCUGCUUUCAGGCUUGUCAGACAUGGAGCGGAAGAGGCAAGAGGCCAUCUUCGAGCUUAUCUCCACUGAGACAGCUCAUGUGCGCGAUCUGCAAAUCAUCGUUGAAGUCUUCUUCAACUCGAUGCAGAGCAUGCUCUCAGAGAAGGCGAGCACCGUCAUCUUCGCCAACAUCGAGAGCGUUCUUUUCACCGCCGUGACGUACCUCUCAGAUCUGGAGGCGAGGCAGAAGGAGGACCGCCUCUUUGUCACCACCAUUGGUGACAUUUUGAAGCGCCACAUGCCAGCAAUGAGCGUCUAUUUGCCUUACUGCGUCAACCAGCAGAACGCAAGUGAGAUCCUCGAGGCUGAGCGGAAGCGAGACACCCGCGUGGACAUCCACUUGAUGAACCUCCGUAGUAACCAUCCUGCUGCUCGAGGCCUGGACCUCAGCCACUUCCUCCUCACGCCCAUGCAGAGGCUCACGCGAUACCCCCUGCUGCUUAGUCAGAUUCUCCGCUACACACCGGAAGAUCAGGCGGACUACACCCAGAUCAAAGCAGCAAAGGAGACAUCCGAAAGCAUCCUUGCCAAGACCAACGAAGCUAUCCGCGAUAACGAGGAUGCAACAGCUCUCUCCAAGCUCUCCGAGAACCUCUGGCUUGGCGAAGAAGCAAGACUUGAUCUCACCAAGCCGUUCACUGAUCCUUCACAGCCCAACGUGAAGCGUCAUCGAAGGGUCCUCCGUGAUGAGAUGGUAUCCAAGUGCAAGUCGGGUCGCAAACUUCGACUGGUACUCACCACAGACUUGCUCCUGGUGCUUCAUGCUCAGGAUAGCAGUCUCUACCGAAUGCCAAUUCCAGUCAAUGUGGUAAAAGCUCAAGGAGCAAAGAAGAGCUCAAAGCAUGCUGAUGCGUUCAACGUCAUCCAUUCGAUGCCUUCUGUUGCGGACGACACGCUCAAGCUCAGAGCGGUCAAUCCUAGGAGCGCGCAAGCUUGGAUCAGGAGUAUUAACGGUGCUCGCGCUGAAGCACCGAGUGCAAAGGUCUGA